ACAUUUUAUAAUACGGUAGGAAAGUACAAUUUUAAUAAAAAAUUAUAUAUAAAUAAUUAUCAAUUUUUAGCACAAUAUGGAAAGAAUAAUGUUUAAAAUAUUACAUGGGUAAAAAAUAUGAUACAUAAUAAUAAAGAGAACUAAUAUAAUGUUAGAACUAAAUAUGGAAGUAGUAUACAAUAAAAUAAAAAGGAAUUCGAUAAACAAUAUAACAGACAUAAAUAUUUAAAAAUAUCCCGUUUUGAAAGAAUAUAAUUUAAACAUCUUGAUUAUAUAGAUUAUAUUAGAAAAAAUACAACUUAUGGUCAAUGCGGAUUACGAAUAUAUUUAUCUUUUAUACUGCUCUAUUUGGUAUUCUUUUCACUAUUAAUUAGUAUUAUUAAAACAAUUUUUGAAAAAAGUAUUGAAGAAGAAGCAUUGUGUUUACGAGUCUUCGAUGCAUUAUGUGUUGUAUUCUUGACAGGGUAUAUUUAUAUAUUUAUAAAAAUUAUAAAAAAUAUGUGAAUUACGAAAAGCAAA